AAAGUUCUGUUCCUUUACCUCCUCCAACACCUCUUCCCUUCCCUUAAACACACACCUUAGGCACACUAGCUGCGUCUAGAUUGAGUGAAGGUGAAGGUUGUUCCUAUGCUCAUCAACCACUGCAGCUGGAAUACUGAUAUCUUCUGUUGAUAACUAGCCCUUCAGGAUUUCUCCAAAAGGAGAAUAAAAAAGGAAAAAGAAAGCAUGCUCUUCAGGCUACUAAAGCUAGUGAACCUUGACUGCAUGAAGCUCCUCUACCACCACUUCAUCGCCUAUGUUCAUUACCUCUUCCUUCCCCUUCUCCUUCUCCUGCAGUCUUCUUCUCACCUCUCAACCAUAACCCUCGACUAUCUUCGCGAGCUGCAAAACCAUCCAUGGAUCAACCUCUCAUCCAUCAUCAUCUGUUUCACCUUCCUCACCCUCAUGGCCGCUGUGUAUGUCACGAACCGCCCCCAUCCGGUCUAUAUACUGGAUUUCUCAUGCUUUAAGCCGAGCGAUGCCCACAAGGUCACACGAGCGGAGACCAUGAAUCAAUUCGAGGCCUUCGGGCUCACCGGCGAGAGCUUCGACUUCCAGAGACGGGUGCUGGAGAGUUCGGGCCUCGGAGAGGCCACAUACCUGCCCUUGUCACACCUUGGCAGGGCUAGCGGUAUUUGUAUGGCAAAAGCGAGAGAGGAGGCGGAGACGGUGAUCUUCGGAGCAAUCGAUGAGCUACUCGAAAAGGCUGGAGUGGAGGCAAAGGAUAUAGGGGUGUUGGUGGUGAACUGCAGCCUCUUCAACCCUACGCCAUCAUACACGGCGAUGAUCGUGAACCGUUACAACCUCAGGGGGAAUGUCAUCAGCUACAACCUUGGUGGGAUGGGCUGCAGUGCUGGAAUCCUUGCUAUAGACCUCGCUCGGAACCUUCUUCAGGUGCAUCCCAACAGCUAUGCACUGGUGGUCUCCUCAGAAAAUAUGACCACCAAUGCCUACUUUGGAAGGAAUCGCUCCAUGCUUGUCACCAACGGCCUCUUCCGCCUGGGCGGCGCCGCCAUCCUCCUCUCCAACCGCCGCUCCGACCGCCACCACUCCAAAUACCAGCUUGUCCACACCGUUCGCACGCACAAAGGCGCCGACAGCCGUUCCUACACCUGUGUCUACCAAGAGGAAGACUCCGAUGGUAACCGUGGUAUCACCCUAUCCAAAGACCUCAUGGCGGUCGCCGGCGAGGCCUUGAAGACCAACAUCAUGACUCUUGGGCCUCUAGUCCUACCUAUGUCUGAACAGUUCCUCUUCCUUGGGACACUGAUUCUGAAGAAGAUCUUUAAAAUGAAGAUCAAGGCUUACAUACCUGACUUUAAGCUAGCUUUUGAACACUUCUGCAUCCAUGCAGGCGGGCGCGGCGUGCUCGACGAGCUCGAAAAGAACCUUGAAUUGAGCCCAUGGCACAUGGAGCCAUCUAGGAUGACUCUAUAUAAGUUUGGAAAUACUUCAAGUAGUUCACUAUGGUAUGAGCUUGCUUAUUGUGAGGCCAAAGGGAGGAUUAAGAAGGGUGACAGAGUGUGGCAGAUAGCAUUUGGAUCAGGGUUUAAGUGUAAUAGCGCUGUUUGGAGAGCACUGAGGACUAUCAAUGCUGCCAAGGAGAAGAACCCAUGGAAAGGGGAGAUCCACAAGUUUCCAGUUGAUGUACCUAAGAUGGUGCCUAUUGUCAUGAAGUAAUUAAUUGUAUGAUUUAUGCAAUUAUAUGAUUGUAUGUGUGCUUGUAGCCCUUCAGGCAACUUGACAUAAUAAGUUAUAUUUUGUUUGUGGUCC